UUUUCUCCAUUGUGCAGUACGUGUUGGCCAAAGCCAAAAGUUAAACUAAACUCAAAAACUAUCAUCCACUGCAACAGCUAGAUUUCAGCUACCGUCUGAGGAAGAAUGGAUGACUCUACUAAACGCUUACUGCAGCGACUUAUGAGACGGAUACCGACUCAGAUGUUAAAAACGACGCUGGAAAAGUGGGGCCGAUUGACGGCGGCGCAGCAGCAAUCCAUUGAUUUUACUCAGGCAAAAUGGGCGUUAACGGAGAAACUGCUCGCCAUCUGCGAGGAAAAUGAAUGGACAGCUAAACACAUCGCAGAACUCGAGAUGACAUAUGUCACUGAAAAUCCAAACCAGGGGAUGUGGUAUGCCUUUCAGCUCAUGGACCCUGAAGAUGAUGCUCACUCUGUAGAGCUGAUGCAGUUCAAGGAGCAAUUUAAAUCUCACCUCGGUGAGCUUGUAAGACAUGUGUCUGUCAAGAUUAAGAAGCACACAGAUGAAGCUGUAUGGAUUCGGAUUGCAUGGGGCGACAGCUUCACUCGGCCCAACCACCUGAAACCAACAUAUGUUGUUCACCAUCUUCAAACCCCUUUUGUCUUUGUGACCAGCCUGACUUCAAAGCAAAAGCCCCUUUUAUCCCAGGCCUUGGUUCUGUCCACCAGAUAUCACGCUAUUAAGGAUGCUAACCUCAGUGGACGAAAACUCACUGCUAUCAGGGACCUGCUGAUGAGGCAAUAUCAACAGGUGUUUCCAACUAGGUAUCCCAGCCCUCUUGCAGAAGAGAAUCAAACUGUCUCAAAUCCACGCAUAGAAAGAGAACAAGCUGGGCUUGCAGCAAACAGAUGCCAGAUGGCCUGUGAGGCUUUUGGUGAUGGGAUGUUGCCUCAACUACAGUCUGCAGUUUACAAGCUGGAGACGAAAUUCAGAGACCACACCAACAAGAUCAUGACAGAGCGUGAGGAGCCUUUCAGAUGUGUUGUCAAAUUCACAAGCACCAACCUCCUGGAGUCACUCAGACACUGUGCAUCCUCAGGAAUUGCCUCCACCCCCGUCACUCCUCUGCUCUCAUCUAUUCCUCUUAAAGGAAGGAAUUAUUUUGUCAUCACAGACAAUGGCCCUGGUCCCUCCUCACAAAUGCACCCAUCACAAAACUGAUAAGUGACAGACUCUUACUUUACCCUAUAUACAGUCCACCCAUGGUUUACUUUUACUAUCCUAUCAUUCAUCUUCUUGUUAACACAACUCUUGAAGAGUUGGCUCCCUGGAUUUCCAAAUGUAAUGAUGUUUUCCUCUGUCUUUAUGUGCUUGCAGUUGCAAAUAUCCAGUAUUUGGCAAUGGAUAAUUGUCAUUUUAUUAUCUUUUGUUUUUGUUUAAGUGGAAGAAUGUUACUGCCAUCAAAUUAUUAUAUAUGUCUAAACUGAAUAUAAAAGUUCGAUUUUUAAUAUUCUU